AUGAGUUCUUCAGUGACAGGAGCUGCUGGAUCUGGUGAUGAUGGAAGAAGUAGUAACAACAAAGGAAAAAGACCUGCCUACAAACGCCUUACUUCUGCUCAAACAGCUAAACUUGAAAAGUACAUUAUUGAUUGUCCUCAUCCUGAUGAAGCUCAACGAAGGCAACUUGCUGAGGAGGUUGGGAUUGAGCCAAAACAAGUCAAGUUUUGGUUUCAGAAUAAGAGAACUCAAAUAAAGAAUCAACAUGAGCGAGCAGAUAACAAUGCUCUUCGGGCUGAGAAUGAAAGGAUACAAAACGAGAAUCUCCUAAUGAAAGAGGCACUUAAUAAUAUACUUUGCCCUUCUUGUGGGGGCCCACCUGCCGCUGGUGAAGACCAUGAACACUUCAUGCAGAAAAUGCUUCUUGAAAAUGCCCACCUUAAGGAAGAGCAUGGGAAAAUAUCAAACAUUCUUUCAAGGUACUUGGAGAAAGAGGUGCUACACCCUGAAGAUAUAGAGCAGCUAAACGCAAUUCCCAACAACAUAGACAUUGCGGGGUCAUCAUCAACAACACCACUGUAUGAUUUCUCAGUUGCAAAUGGAACCUUGUUGAACCAACAACAAGGGGUUAGCAUCAAUGAUGUUGUUGCAGGCCCUUCUUCUUCACUACUUCAUCAUCAGAACUAUGUUCCACCACCAAUUGUUGCUGAUAACAAUGAUAAUGGGGAACAAGGUGUGGCAGUAAUGGAGGUUGCAUUGGCCUCCGAGGUUGCGGUUACCGCCAUGGAUGAACUGCUUAGGCUUAUUCGCCUGAAUGAACCGUUCUGGGUUGGUUCUGCUUUUGAUGGGAAGCUUGUGCUUCACGGUGAAAGCUACGAAAAGAUGUUCCCUAGGGUUUAUCAAUUCAACGAUGGAAACUCUCGUGUUGAAUCAUCAAAGGAAUCAGGGAUUGUCAACAUAAGUGGGAUUCAACUCGUUGAUUUGUUUCUUGAUUCGGAAAAAUGGGCGAAUGCUUUUCCAACAAUAGUUACAAAAGCGCAGACACUUGAAGUCUUUGAAAUUGGAUUGCCAGAAAGUCGAAGCGGAGCCUUACAAUUGAUGUAUGAAGAGAUGCACGGGUUUUCACCAUUGGUGGCAUCUCGUGAAUUCCAAUUCCUCCGGCACUGCCAUCAACUGGAGCCUGGAUCGUGGAUCAUAACAGAUGUGUCUUUCGAUUCGCUUCGAAACUACCCCUUUCGCCUUCCUCGCUCUCGCUCUUGGAGACGUCCCUCUGGAUGCUUGAUCCAGGAACUCCCCAACUCCACUUCUUGCAUGGUUACUUGGAUCGAACACGUGGAAGUGGAUGAUAAGAUUCAAACUCACCGGCUUUACAGAGAUCUUGUUAGCACCAAUGCUGCAUAUGGAGCACAGAGAUGGAUUAUGGAACUUCAAAGAAUGUGCCUCAGAUCUAUGAGCUAUGCUCUUGAAAACAUACCUGAUCAUGAAUAUGGUGGAGUGAUAAAUACAAAUGAAGGAAGGAGGAGUGUGAUGAGGCUAGGUCAGAGGCUGGUGAGGCUAUUUAGUGAGAAUUUGAACAUGAGUGGAAAGGUGGAGUUUCCGCAGUUGAGUGUGGAGUACAACAGUGGGGUGAGGAUCUCAGCUCGAAGAUGCACAGAGAAAGGGCAGCCAAAUGGGACCGUUGUGAUUGCUGCAACCUCUCUUUGGCUGCCUCUCCAUUACCACACAGUGUUUGAAUUCUUGACUGAUAUCAACAAACGCUCUCAGUGGGAUGUUCUUUUCUGCACAACUCCAGUCCACUACAUUGCACACAUCUCAAAUGGAACUCAUCCUGCCAACAAUACAUCAAUUAUCCAGCCAUUCAUGUCAAGCGAGAACAAUGCCGUUAUAAUUCAAGAAAGCUUCAUAGACCCAGUGGGAUCAUCUUACAUAGUGUAUGCUCCAGCUGACGUGGAAGCCAUCAACGUCGCCAUUAGCGGCGAAGACUCUUCCACCAUCCCUAUCCUUCCCUCAGGAUUUGUUGUGUGUGGAGAUGGCAGAGCAUCAAUGAUGAGCAACAGCACCAUUAUUGCACCAUCAGUUCUUGGUGGAGUUGGAAGCUAUGGUUAUCAGCAUAGAUCAGAAGGAGGGUCACUGUUGACGGUGGCAUUCCAAAUUCUGGUUAACACCAUCACUUGUGGACCCAACCUAGUGAAUAUGGAAUCUGUGGAUUCUAUUAACACCCUUUUGACUUCAACUGUCCAGAAGAUUAAGGACGCUUUGAACUGCAAUGCCUUGCACUGA